CCUACUUUACAGCACAGUCAGGUAGUUGGUACAAAAACAUGUGGAAGCUAAAAAAAUUGUGGGCGGAUACUCCCUCUCCACCUCAUCCUUCACCUCCUCUUUUAAAAGUGCCAAAGAGGAACAUACAAUGGGAUCAGAGAGAGAGAGACCUGCAGCUUGUGAGAGAUUAUCAGCCUCACAAAGAUGUCCAGCAUCUCAGAAUUAUGCUUCAUGGACCACCAGGUGCUGGAAAGUCCAGCUUCAUCAACUCUGUUGACAGUGUUUUAAGAGGAAAAAUCACAACUCGUGCUCUGGCAGCGAACAUUGAGGAGAGCUUCACCAUUGCAUACAGAACAUAUAAAAUUCAGAAAGGAGAUCCGGAAACGUUUUACCCUUUUGUCUUCACUGACACCAUGGGCGUUGAGAAGAACACCAGCAGUGGAAUUCAAGUGGACGACAUCAAACUUGCCAUGAAUGGACAUGUAAAAGAUGGUUACAGGUUCAAUCCCACAUCUCCCUUACCUGAAACUGAUCCUAACUACAACAGUUCCCCCACUAUAAAUGACAAAACCCACGUUCUGGUUUAUGUUGUUUCCGCCAACACACUGAGCAUAAUUGAUGAUGAAACUGUGAGGAAGAUGAAGGAUGUCAGAUUAGCAGCUCGUGACAAAGGGAUCCCACAGAUAGCUGUGAUCACUAAAAUUGAUGAAGCCUGUCCUGAAGUCAAAGAAGACAUAAAGAAUGCCUACAAGAGCAAGUACUUGAUCGACCAGAUGGAAAAAAUGAACAUGAUCCUGGGUCUUCCAAUGAACUGCGUCUUUCUCAUGAAGAACUACCACACAGAAAUUGAGCCGGAUGACGACAUGGAUUCACUGAUACUGAGUGUACUGAAAAAGAUCGUUGACCGUGGAGAGGACUACCUGAAUGACUUAGACGCAGAACCAACUGAGGAGGAUAGAAAAUGAAGCUACAGUUACUCUUCAGGUGUUUCUGCUUUGCCAUAGUUACAAUCACAGUCACAACAACAUGUUAGUUUCAUCAUAACCUUAA